AUCUAAAUUUGGGCGGCCUGGGAGAAAGCCCCAGUUGCUCUGUGGACUACUGUAUGCCUAGUGGUCCUCUGAACUUGUCCAGAGUAGUACAGUAUAAGGAGAUUUGGUGUGUCACCAGAAAUGAAUGCAUGCACACACACGUGAACUUUUAAAGUACAGUACUAUAGGUAGUGUCUAGUUGCAAAUAGGGUAAGCUCACUGCAUCAAUGGAACUUGCGGAGCAGGUUUGUGAUAGGCAAGAGUUCACCAAGUCAAGCGCCUCCCCAGCCAUCAGAGCUUUGCAUGCGAAGUGGCUGAAAAGAAACCGGCAAAGAUCGGGCCCUUUCUCUAGACCUGGUAGAUCUGAAUAAUGAUGACAAAUGCCGACCGGAAACGAAGGCGAUCAGGAGGAGGAAGGAGACCGGCUCCGAGUCACCUUUUUUUUUUUUUAUUGCAAUGUUCUGUUGCUUAAGCGACAGCGGCUUGGAGGAGCCUGAAUAACAGGAAACCCACCGUUGGGGCGGGCAGGGUAACCCAAAGCGCCGGGCCUCCUGGCUCUCUAGGCGGCUGCAGUGUUUGCACUGCAGGGACUCUGAGAGCGAGCGAGCGAGCGAGCGAGCGGGGGCACCUCUUACCUGUUUGCUCUCUGGCACCUCGUUCUUUCCACCUGCUGCUUUGUUCGUUAAGGCUCUGACGAUUACAAUGGCUUUCCAGAAGAAUAUGGUGGAUGAGCAACAUUCAGAGGGAACCUUCGUUCAUGUUCCCAACCCACACCUUGAGAAGAUGAAAAGUGACAUCCUAUAUCAUUUUGCCCUUGGGACUGGUACUCAUGAUUUUCCUGCCUUAUUUGGAGAUGUAAAGUUUGUAUGUGUUGGCGGAAGCCCUUCACGGAUGAAAGCUUUUAUUACCUACAUGGCUGAAGAGCUAGGAAUUGGUGGCCCUGGUAGUGACUAUCCCAAUAUAUGUGCGGGAACAGAUCGGUAUGCCAUGUACAAAGCAGGUCCUGUGCUGUCAGUCAGUCAUGGAAUGGGGAUCCCUUCAAUUGCUAUCAUGUUGCAUGAGCUUAUCAAGCUGCUGUAUCAUUCCAAAUGUUCCAAUGUAACAAUUUUUCGUAUUGGCACAUCUGGUGGAAUAGGUUUGCCACCAGGAUCUGUUGUGAUCACCAAGCAAUCUGUUGAUGCCAUGUUUAAACCUCAGUUUGAACAGAUUAUUCUGGGGAAGUCUGUAUUUCGCAACACAAACUUAAAUGAGAAGCUGGCUGAAGAUCUGAUGGAGUGUGCCAAAGAAUUGGAUCAAUUCAACACAGUUAUUGGGAAUACUAUGUGCACUCUGGACUUCUAUGAAGUUAACUUGAGGAAUGGCUUUUAUGAUUCUUUCUUUCAAGGUGCUGUGGUAUGCGUAACACUUCUGAACCGACUUGAAGGGGAUCAGAUCACCACACCUCACGAUAUACUGAAGGAGUAUCAGACAAGACCUCAGAAAUUGGUGGGACAUUUGAUUAAGAAAUACUUGGGGAAACAGUGACCACUCUUUUCUUAAUUCUUUGUACUGUGUGUUUAAGCACCUUAUCAUAUUUACUAAAUUUGUUCUGAUCAUUACAUCAUGGAAAUAUGUAUUUCUGG